AUGUCCAGCACCACAGCCUCACCAGGGGUCGCCGCGCCCGAUCCCGCUGCUCGCCAGAAAUACAUCGAAGAACGGAACAAACGACUCCGCGCAGAUGGUGCCUCGCAGUUCGUCCGCCUAUCUACGUCCGACGCGUACAAGCACCUCGAGGCUGACCCGUGGGUCGACCACGCCGCAUUGAACGCCGCGCCGCACGUGCUGACGGACGGCGAGAGCGUCAAAUUCCUCAUCCUCGGCGCGGGGUACGGCGGACUCGUGUUCGCCGCGCGCCUCAUCCAGGCGGGCUUCGCGCCGUCCGACAUCCGGUUUGUCGAUGUCGCUGGUGGCUUUGGCGGGACGUGGUACUGGAACCGGUACCCGGGCCUGAUGUGCGAUGUGGAGAGCUACAUCUACAUGCCACUGCUCGAGGAGACGGGGUACAUGCCGAAGCACAAGUACGCGUAUGGGAACGAGCUGCGGGCGCAUGCUGACCGGAUCGCGGAGCGCUAUGGUCUGCUCGAGGGCACGGGGUCGUUCAGAACGCAGUACCACGACGCGAAGUGGGACGAGGAAGCGAGGCGGUGGCAAGUCCGGUUGAGCGAGUAUCGUGGCCCCCAGGAGCCUUCGCGCUCGUUUUCUGUGUCGGCGCAGUUCGUGUUCGUUGCUGCAGGAACGCUCGUUGCUCCGCAGGUCCCAGUGUUGCCGGGCUUGGAGCAGUUCAAGGGCUCGAUGUUCCAUACCGCGCGCUGGGAUUACAACGUCACUGGGGGAUCAUUCGACGACUGGUCGCUGGAGAAACUCAAAGACAAGCGAGUGGCGAUCAUCGGCACGGGAGCGACAGCCAUUCAAGUCGUCCCUGAGCUCGCCAAGUGGGCGAAACACCUCUAUGUUAUACAGCGCACGCCAUCAAGUGUCGACGAGCGCGGCCAACGGCCUACGGAUCCCAAAGAGUGGAAGGAAAAGGUUGCAGUUGGCAAGGGAUGGCAGUACGCCCGGUCGAUGAAUUUCAACUCGCAGCUGAUGAAUGCACCUGACGGAGAAGACCUCGUUUCUGAUGCGUGGUGUCGAUCGGAUGCGUAUUGCGGCAUCAUCGGUGCCCCAGGUCUAGUCACACCUGAUACGAUUCCUCAACACGUAGAGAAGCUACAUGCGAUGGAUUUCCCUCGCGCCGAGCGGGUGCGCGACCGGGUGUCCCAGAUUGUCCGCGAUCCAGAGACAGCAGAGAAACUCAAGGCCUGGUACCCCGUCUGGUGCAAACGGCCGACGUUCCACGAGGACUAUCUUCCGGCAUUCAAUCAGCCGAACGUGACGCUCGUCGACACGGACGGCAAGGGCGUGGACUCGUUGACCCCGACUGCCAUCGUCGCUAACGGGAUCGAGCACCCGAUCGAUGUGCUCGUCCUCAGCACCGGAUUCGUCUCACCAGCCGCAGGGACGGGGAGCCCAGCGACGCGCGGGGGCCUGUCCGUGUUCGGGCGGAACGGGAGAGACAUGGAGAAGAAGUGGAUCGAAGAAGGCUGCGGGACGUUCCACGGAGUCUCAUCGAACGGGUACCCCAACUUGUUCUUCCCCAGCCCGUCCCAAGCUGGGGUCACGGUCAACUUCACAUUCUCCCUCGACCUGCUCGCGAACCACGUCGCGGGCAUCUUGGCCGAGGCGCACCGCGGUCUCGAGCCAGAAGCCGGUAAGAGACUUGUGGUCGAGGUCGACAAGCAGGCGGAGGAAAUGUGGGCUGGGGAGAUUCUCCAACGCGCUGCUUGGUUCGCGGGUGUUUCCGGCUGCACGCCGGGGUAUAUCAACCUCGAAGGAGAGCGCGACCGCCUGCAGGACAUGGCAGAGCAGGUUAAAAGCGCUCGCGGUGCCCCGUGGGGCGAUGGAAUCGUCAGUUUCGUGGGUGUGCUCGAGAAGUGGCGUGCCGAGGGUGGCUUGAAGGGGCAUGUUGACUUUCAGCUGAGACCAGGUGGGCCCUUCCCUAUUACCCCUCGUCUGUUGGUCGGGAGCUCUGGAGCAACAUUCUUGACGACCAAUCGAGACUCCUUUAGGUUUAUUCGGGAAUCUCAACUUCGCGACUACUGCACACGGCUGUCUGGCGACACCCAUGUCAAGGCUGGCAUCGAAGUAACUUUGGGAAAUGCUCAGGCUCAGGUCGUUGAUCCUAUCAACAUCGACAUUGAGGCGGUACGACACCAACGUUUUCAGCACCGAGAAUGGGCAGCUACUCCUCAGGCAAAAGAGGUUGGGGUCAUCUGGUAUGCAAAAGACGCAUGGACAGCCGUGACGUUUUUUCCAGUUUACACCCAUUCAUCACGGGCCUCGGAGACUAUAAUCUGGGAAUAUUGCACUGAACGCUAGCAUUCCCUGACCUAUUACCGAGUUGUCGAGGCGGUUCCUCUUCGGGAGAAACGAUGGGCGCCGGCGCGUCCGGAUUCGCCAUCUUUAUGGCCACCAUCGCCCGCAUAUGCGAGAGCCAACUUGGAUGUGACCCGCAGCUCGUGGAUUGUAUAAAGAGGUGUAGAGCGAGCUGCUGAAAACUCAGUCUCUCUCUCGCUCUCUGUCGCUCUCUCCCUCGUCAGUAACACUCCGACACCGACACUGAAAUGCUCUCUCUGUCGACCUUCCUGCAUCUGGCGACGCUCGUCGCGGUCGCUGUCGCAAUGCCCAGCAACGUCACCCGCACCGACACCGCCAAGCGCGCGACGUGCACGGUCAACAGCGUCUCGAGCGCGUCCAAGCUCUCGGGCUGCUCGAAUGUCGUGAUCGAGGCGUUCACCGUCCCGUCCGGGUCCACGCUCACCAUUGCGGCUGCCAGCGGUGCGACCGUGACGAUGAACGGGGACAUCACAUUUGCCAAGACAUCCUCUGCGGGUCCUUUGAUCACAUUCAACACGAACAACAUCAACUUCAACGGCGGUAACCACAAGAUCAAUGGCAACGGUGCUGCUUACUGGGACGGAAAAGGCACCAACGGCGGCUCGACCAAGCCCCAUCCUUUCGUCAAAUUCAAGGGCUCUGGGACGUUCGCGUCGGUCACGGUCCUCAACUCACCGGCUCAGGCCAUCUCCGUCGGCACCACCGGCGCUACUCUGAUCCAGCAGGUGACCGUGGACAACUCCGCCGGAUCCUCGCUCGGCCACAACACCGACGGGUUCGACAUCAGCGCCGACUCGGUGACCGUGUCCCAGUGCAAGGUCAUGAACCAGGACGACUGCGUCGCGGUCAACAAGGGCAACGCGAUCACGAUCCAGGACACGACCUGCAUCGGCAGCCACGGGAUCUCGAUCGGGUCGAUCGCGUCGGGCCACUCGGUGACGAACUUCCGCGCGGCGCGCAACACGAUCAGCGGCGGGCUGUACGGUCUGCGCAUCAAGGUCGACGCGAGCGCGACCGGCGCGCAGGUCUCUGAUGUCACCUACGACUCGAACGUGAUCUCGGGCAUCAGCGACUACGGUGUGCUGAUCACGCAGAGCUACCCCGCCAACGACGGCACGCCCGGAAAGGGCGGCCCGAUCUCGAACGUGGCGUUCACGGGUGGAACGACAACGGUCGCGGUGGACAGCAGCGCGCAGUCGGUCGUGAUUGACUGCGGCGCUUGCUCCGGAAACUGGAACUUUGCGGGUCUUAAAGUGACCUCGGCGGGCAAGGGCCACAAGAUUGCUGCUGACAAGGCGGUGAUCAGCGGCGGAUCCUACUAAAGAAGAAAUGUUUGUGUCAUUGCUGUAUUGUUGUUCUGUGUGUUCUGUGCUCUUGUAUCAAAUCGAAAUACCCUGAAUUUGGUUGAACUAUUUUGACUUGAAACC